AUGUCUCGUUCUCUCCGCCGGUUCUCUGUAAACCCUAGCGCCGAGACUCCCAGAGGCGUCUCGUCGAACUCCGCCGCCGACAAAAACAUGGAUAUUCCAAAACUCCCCCGGAGGAAAUAUACAUUAGGGAAAGAGCCCAACCCAAUUAAGAGCAUUUCGUAUCACACGGAUUGUACGACGUUGCAUCAUGCUUUAGAGGAUGCUCUUGAUCAUCGAGAAUAUGAAGCGCUGAAGGAGUCGAAGUUGGGAGUUUUCAUCAAGUUCCAAGAGCUGAGAUUUGGUUGGGCUUCAAGGCUGGUUCAAUUCAUGCUCGGUUUCCAGCUCGACAUAAAGAAGAAGUAUGAGCUGUGGUGUCUCGUUGGUCCAGAACCGCUGAGGUUUUCACUGAUAGAGUUUGAAAAGCUCACUGGUCUAAACUGUGAGUACAUCGAGGACCUUGAGAGUUCGUACUGUCCUGUUACGCCGGAGAUGUCUGCUUUCUGGGAGAAGUUGGGAGUUAAUAUCAAUGCGGGGCCAUCUACUGACCAGAUAAUAACAGCACUCAAGAGAUGCAAAGAGCGGUCUCGGGAUGAUCGCAAGCGGCUCGUGUACCUUGCCAUCUUCGUUGGAUACAUUGAAGAGAAAAAGGUGCUGAUUGAGUCUCUGAAGGCCAAAAAUAUCACGGGUUUUUACACGAUUGAUGCCUUGAGGCAAGGGUUUGGGACGUGCCUUGCGGAGAUCAAGCAUCUGUUGGAUAGGAUUGGUGUUGUGGAAAAGAAUCUUGGUAUCACACCUACUCCGCCUAAACAGACGCAAGAACCAGGAAGUGAAAGAGAAAGUGUUAAUGGGGCGAAAGAGAAAUCCGGAAAGAAGAGAAAAGAGAGAAAGGAGGAUCCAAAGGAGGAUCCUAAGAAGAGAAUGGAGAGGAAGGAGGAUCCAAAAGAGGAUCCUAAGAAGAGAAUGGAGAGGAAGGAAGAUCCUAAGGAGGAUCAAAAGGGGGAUCCUAAGGAGGAUGCUAGUGAGGUUGCUAAGGACGAUCCUAAGGAGGAUGCCAGUGAGGUUGGUAAUGAGGGUGCUAGUUCCUCGAAAGUGCCGAGUCUAGUGGUUGCCGAAGAAGUCGAAGAACCGAGCGUUCUUCUAUUGGAGAAAGAAAAUUCUACUCUUUCAGAUAAAGUAAAGGAGAGAGCUAGAUAUGAAUCAAAAAGGGAUGCUGCUCAUUUGGAACUUCAGCGGAAUGCUGCUUUGGCAGUUCAGCGUGGAAGGAGUGAGCGAAAAUGGAUACUUGCUCCAACACAGUCGUCUCCUUAUAAGGGGAACAUCACGGCCAAAACGAUCAUUCCAAACUCAAACAAGUCUGUCUUUACACCUUUUCAUCCACUUGACAAGGCGGCACAGAAGUUGCUCAUUGAUCACUGGAAAACUUGUCCGCAAGUGAAUUACUCUUCCAUAAUAGCUUGCUUUAAGUCUUCAGCUCUGAUUGGUUUUCCACUUUUUGUUUUGCAGUGA